AUGUCUUACACCACCCCUAACGUUAACACCCACUUUUCCCUCUUCGCCUCCUCGCCCGCAUCCUCAAACGUAUUCGCUGUCUUCGCUCAACCACAGUCUCCACGCGAAACGCAUACCAUGUACGCAGAGUUCCGCCAGGUGCUUGGCGCCUCCAACGGGCAAAGGAAGCAGGGCAAGAGCGCGCUGAAGAAGAUCUUCGGUACCAAGUAG